AUGGUUGCCUUCAAUGCUAUUGCCACCUUGUCCAUCGUUAUCGCAUCUGCUAUGGGCCACCCGGCCAGUGAGCAAUUGGUUGCUCGUCAGUAUGUUGAUUCCGUCCAGACGGCCAGUCGCUCUUACCAACAAAUGAGCAGCGAGUUCAGCAGCCUUCGCCAAAGCAUUGCGGGUGGACAAGUCAGCUUCCAGAGUGCUCAGCAGCAAUUCCAAUCGCUCUCCAGCCAGACAAGCUCGACUGUUUUGGCCCUUAACAACUGCCAGCGCUGUUUUGACAAUGGAUCAGCCGCCACUUUGACCACUUCUGCUAGCCAAGCAUACUCCGAGAUGAACUCGCUCGUGCAGACCGCCAAUCAAGUCUAUGGCCCACAAGCCCAGCAGCUGGUUUCACCCAUCUCUCAGUUGGAUGGACCAUUGCAAACGAACCUUGACCGGUUCUCUGGUGCUGGUGUUGGUGCUCAAUCCCUCUUGCCCCCCAAUUUUGCUCAAACCAUGGGGCAAUCUGGAUUCCCUCGCCUCUCCGACUUUGCUAGUCAAUACCAGAACGGCCUCGGCAGAGGCUCUGGAUUUUAA